AUGCGUUUAAAGUUAGUUGCGCGAGAUAAAAAACGAAAAAUGCCAGCCUACGACAAUGAAGGCGCCACGAUAUCGAUGGAGGAUGUCCGCGAUCAGAAGCCGAGCACAAUUGAAGAUGAACUGGCAAUCCGCAGAAACAGAAUGCUCAAGCCACAGAAGUCUACAUUAUCUUCUAGAAGACAGCAAGCAGUUUGCGUACGGAGGGCGCAUAAGAAAUAUGGGCCGACAAAGAAUCCUAACGUUAUUCUAGAUGGACUAAAUAUGACCGUUCCGAAAGGUGCAAUAUACGGUCUUCUCGGCGCAUCGGGUUGCGGAAAGACUACCCUCCUCUCGUGCAUAGUGGGUAGACGAAGAUUGAACUCUGGAGAGAUAUGGGUGCUCGGUGGAAGACCAGGCAGCCCUGGCAGUGGAGUUCCAGGCCCUAGGAUAGGAUAUAUGCCACAAGAAAUCGCAUUAUUCGGAGAAUUCUCCAUCCGGGAAACGAUGAUAUAUUUUGGCUGGAUUUCCGGGAUGACCACCAGGGAAGUGGAGGAGAAAAUAGACUUCCUCGUUGAUUUAUUGCAGUUGCCGAACCCCUCGAGACAAGUUAAAAAUCUGUCUGGAGGUCAGCAGAGGCGAGUUUCCCUCUCCGCAGCUCUUCUUCACGAGCCAGAGCUUUUAAUCCUCGACGAACCUACUGUAGGCGUAGAUCCAGUGCUGCGACAGAGCAUCUGGGACCAUCUGGUGGAUAUAACGAAGGGAGGCAAAACGACUGUGAUCAUCACCACGCAUUACAUUGAUGAGACCAAACAGGCGAACAUUAUCGGUCUAAUGCGCGGUGGUCGAUUCCUUGCUGAAGAGUCACCAACUGAGCUGAUCAGACGGUACCAGGCUGAGAGCCUCGAAGAUGUAUUCCUUAAGCUAUCGGUUCUGCAGAAUCUUGGCAAACGAAGGAGAUCCAGUAUUCUCGCUGACGUUGUAGAGAAAGUAGAGAUACCAGCUAUUCCAGAUCCCACAUCAAUAAACGUAGAAGAUGAAAUUGGCGAAAUAUCUGGCGAGUUUGGUGACAACGUGUCAAUGAGUAGCAAAGGCAGAAGUGUCAUAGCAGACCUGACAUCCCCAGUAGAAGCUCUACCUCCGGAUGAAGAGCCUCCAGAAGGCUACCUGGAGAGAAUCAAGCCCAUGCGAUCCCACCACAUGAAGGCACUUAUUUGGAAGAACUUCUGGAGUCUGUUCAGGAACUUUGGACUUCUUGCAUUCAUCAUCGGUCUACCGCUAUCCCAAAUGGUCCUCUUCUGCUUGGCCAUUGGACACUAUCCAGUCGGUCUGCCUAUCGCUGUUGUAAAUUACGAACUCGGACCAAACAACACCGAUGUGCCUUGUGACUAUGACAAGAACAGGUGCCCGCAAGACCCCGAGACAUGGGAGUGGAACUUGACGAGGUUCAGUUGUCAAUAUCUGGACUUCUUAUCGAAGAGACAGAAUAACUUGAUAUACUACCCUAACGAAGAGAUAGCGAUGAAAAAAGCAGAACGCGGUGGAGCUCGUGCCGUCCUCGUAUUUCCCGCGAACUUCUCGACCAGUUUACAGGAUAGAGUGAGAGAUCCGAGGCACACAGAUAUCUAUACUAUCAACAAUUCGGAAAUCACUAUACAUAUGGAUGACACAGAUAAACAGGUCGAGUGGAUGUUGAGUCGUGACAUCCAACUGGCGUUUAUGGAAGCAACAGAACAACUGACAACCGUUUGUGAUCUGCCUAAGAGAAUGCUGUCCAUUCCCGUAACGUUCCACGAUCCCAUUUACGGGUUGGAGGUACCCAAUUUCACUGAUUUCGCUGGACCCGGUGUUAUCCUGACAAUUAUCUUCUUCUUGGCCGUCGCUUUGACAUCGGGAUCUAUGUUGGCUGAAAGGAACGACGGUAUCAUGGAGAGGUCCUUAGUGUCAGGAAUUACUGGUACAGAGAUCCUAUUCUCGCACGUAAUAGUCCAGAUGUUGGUGAUGAUAUUCCAAACUGCGAUGGUGCUUAUCGUCGGCUUCGUUAUCUUCGGACUUACGCUGAAAGGGCCUCUCGGCUGGGUCAUCGUUUUGACUCUUAUGAACGGCCUUUGCGGGAUGACAUUUGGUUUUGUGGUGUCCUGUGUGUGUGACACUGAAAGGACGGCUACAUAUCUGGCCCUCGGGUCGUUCCUGCCUAUGAUGUUGCUCUGUGGUAUCAUUUGGCCAGUUGAAGGUAUGCACCAGAUCCUCCAAUGGAUAAGCUUCGUCCUACCUCUAACUAAGUCUACAGAGUCACUGAGAUCCAUGUUACAGCGUGGCUGGUCUAUAGAUGUUCCUACUGUCUACACUGGCUUCGUCUCCACCGUCACCUGGAUUGUCAUAUAUUUGACAGUUAGCAUACUAUUAAUUAAGUUUAAGAAGGGAUAA